GUACAUUCACGCAUAACAACCGUAACAUGUUCUCCCGCCUGUACGCACGGUUCUGGGUUUAAAACGUGCGCGAUCAAACGCCGUUGUUGAUAUGUUUACGUUAACGGUUAGCGAGCUAGCCUUAGUUCCACGAAUCGCGGAGAAGUGUGGAGUUUCGGGAUAGACGGCAAUGACAUUUCAGCUCCUGUUGUGAUUGUCCGUCAAGAGACAGUCACAUGAUAUUUGAGCCCACAAGUUAUCUUUCAGAGUGCUCUAAUUUAUCCCUGGCAAGAGUGACCUGAUGGUGGAUAUUCGCUAGUUAGCCACCAGCGUCGAAGUUCAGGCUAGUUAGCUAGCUUAGCUGGGCUGGCUGCUAGGCAUAACAAACCGAAAGCUAGUGCUGGGUUUACGGUUCGGGCUUUUUGUUUUUUUAAACAAAAUGACUAAUGCCACUGAAAUAACGCUGCCUCCUGAGUGGGAUGACGACGACCGUAUGAAUUUUCUGUUCUCGGAAUUCAAAGAAAACCGAGAUGUCAACACGAAGGAUUGGGACAGCAAGAUGGACUUCUGGACAUCUCUCAUCACACAGAGCUGCAGGGACCGCGGAGCCGUGUGCGUCAAUUUACAGGAGCUCAACAAGGUUUUUCGCAGGAAGGGGACUUCGCCGCUGGGUUUGGGUACUGUCAUCCAAAGCAUGGCCAGGUGUGGGAAGAUACAGAGGGAGUCAGAGUUUGCUGCCAAUGUGGACUCCGGCUGGCUGUCCUGGGGUGUUGGCCUGCUGCUGGUCAAGCCUCUGAAAUGGACCUUCUCCACUCUUCUAGGAAGCAACCGGGUGCCUUUGGAAGAGUCCUUUGUCAUUAUCGAGCUAGUGAAGGAGAAAGCAGCAGAAUUGCUCGCCGCGUACCAAAGCAGUGAAUUUGCGAACCGCUCCCUCCUGUCCUUCCAAGAGCUGUGUGCACUGUCCUCCCAUGUUUGCACUGAUGAAAGUACCCUAUGUAUGGCUCUGCUGCAGCUGCAGAGGGAGAAGCAAGUGACCGUUUCUCUGCACGAAGGCGAGAAGAUUGUCAAGUUUUCCCAGCCCGGCUUGGAUCGCGUCUCUCCGGUCAGCGAUGUGGAUAUAGGCAUCUAUCAGCUUCAGCGCAGUGAGAAGCUGCUUGGAGAGCGGGUGGAGGCACUGGGUCUUGAGGCUGACAAAUGCAGAGAAGAGGCAAGGCUGCUGCUUCGGGAAGGGAAGAAAUCUCAGGCACUAAGAUGCUUGAAAGGCCGCAAGAGGGUAGAGAAGAGAGCAGACAACUUGUUUGCCCAGCUGGAGACCAUUAGAGGAAUCCUGGAUAGAAUAGCACAGUCGCAGACUGAUAAGCUGGUUAUGCAGGCAUAUCAAGCUGGAGUGGCGGCCCUGCGGCUCUCUCUGAAGGAUGUGACUGUGGAACGUGCUGAGAACCUUGUGGAUCAAAUUCAGGAGUUAUGUGACACUCAAGAUGAGGUAAACCAAACUAUCGCUGGUGGUGUGCCCGGCUCAGAUGCAGACAUGGAUGAGUUGGAGAAAGAACUUAAAUCUUUGUUGGAAGACACUAAGCCAGAUGGAAUCUCUGGUUUACCUGAGGUCCCAACAAAUCCUCUGUCCCCUGCCAGGGAGCCGAGCCUCCCAGGUAAUGAUCUGCUGAGCUCUUUGCCGCCUGUACCCCAGACGUACUUAAAUAUUACCGACGAGCAACUGGAGGAAGAGCUGAAUCGUUUAACCCUCACAGAUUCAGGCUUUCAGCAGAAGAAAGUGUCUUUGCCAGCUAAAAGGUUAGAGCCUGCACAGUGAUGGCACAAGCACACAGAUGCCAAGUUUGGGUCCUGGACUGCAAAAAGUGCUUGGAAGAGGCUCUGCACUAACCUUUCAGCACAAGCUGUAUUCAAAAAAAAAAAAAAAAAAAAAAAAAAAAAAAAAAGGCUAAGAAUCAAAGUCCUUAAGAAUAAACAAAUCCUAAGGGAUUAAUUUGGCAGUUAGGGUAGUAAUUUGAGUGAUUGCUGAAAUCAAAACCGUUACGAAAAAAAAAAAACAAGGCACUUUUCUUCAUUUAUUAAAAACGAGUGUGUUUAUUGCG